AUGUCUUCCUUUCCGAUUGAAAGGUCUCACAAUGGAAAUUUAAAGUGUCCAGAGGCGCUAGGUAGUGUGGCAGAAAAGAAGGAAUUUGAUUUCUCAAAAGCAUUAGAUAGGCCAAGGGCUCUGAAUAUAGAGAGACAGAGAUCAUGUGAUGAAAGAUCGAUGGUUGAACUAUCCAUAGGCUAUUCUCCACGUCAUUUGGUCACAAAAUCUGAACUCACAUCUCGCCUGGCAGAUCAUGUUGAUCAUUUACAUUCUCCUCUGCUAAAGUCAGGUAUUAAUACUCCAAGAUCACCGACAUGGGAUCCACAUCCAUUAACAUCAGAAGCUUGGGAAGCUCUGAGGCGUUCCUUGGUAUAUUUCCGUGGCCAGCCAGUUGGCACGAUUGCUGCUUUGGAUAAUUCUGAUGAGAAACUUAACUAUGAUCAGGUGUUUGUAAGAGACUUUGUCCCAAGUGCUUUGGCUUUUCUGAUGCAUGGGGAACCGGACAUUGUUAAAAAUUUUAUUUUAAAGACCCUUCGCCUUCAAUCGUGGGAGAAAAAGAUUGACAGGUUCCACCUAGCAGAAGGGGUGAUGCCUGCUAGUUUUAAAGUAUUCCAUGAUCCGGUCAGAAACCAUGAGACCCUCAUAGCAGAUUUUGGUGAAAGUGCAAUAGGCAGGGUUGCUCCUGUUGAUUCUGGAUUUUGGUGGAUCAUAUUACUUCGUGCAUACACAAAGUCUACGGGAGACUCUUCUCUGGCUGAACAACCUGAAUGUCAAAAGGGCAUGCGCUUGAUCCUGAGUCUAUGUCUGUCAGAGGGGUUUGACACGUUCCCAACUUUACUAUGUGCUGAUGGAUGCUGCAUGAUUGAUCGCAGAAUGGGUGUUUAUGGGUAUCCAAUAGAAAUUCAAGCAUUGUUCUUCAUGGCUCUAAGAUGUGCCUUGCAAUUACUUAAGCAAGAUGCUGAAGGGAAAGAGUUCAUGGAGAGAAUUGUAAAACGGUUGCAUGCCUUAAGCUAUCAUAUGAGGAGCCACUUUUGGUUGGAUUUGAAGCAACUCAAUGAUGUAUACCGCUUCAAAACAGAAGAGUAUUCACAUACUGCAGUGAACAAGUUCAAUGUUAUUCCUGAUUCUUUGCCAGAUUGGGUGUUUGAUUUCAUGCCCCAACAUGGUGGAUACUUUGUUGGGAAUGUGAGCCCAGCUAGGAUGGAUUUCCGGUGGUUUUGCCUGGGAAAUUGCGUGGCCAUUUUGUCCUGCAUGGCAACUCCUGAACAGUCAACUGCAAUCAUGGAUCUCAUAGAAUCACGCUGGGAGGAACUGAUUGGGGAGAUGCCUGUCAAAGUCUGUUAUCCAGCUCUAGAAAGCCAUGAGUGGAGGAUCAUAACAGGGUGUGACCCAAAAAAUACUAGAUGGAGUUACCAUAACGGUGGAUCCUGGCCAGUUCUUGUGUGGCUUCUGGCUGCAGCGUCGAUAAAGACCGGGAGACCCCAAAUUGCAAGACGUGCCCUUCAUAUAGCUGAGAGCAAAUUGCUAAAGGACAACUGGCCUGAAUAUUACGACGGAACGUCGGGCCGAUACAUUGGGAAACAGGCCCGUAAAUUUCAGACCUGGUCUAUUGCUGGGUACUUGGCCGCUAGGAUGAUGCUUGAUGAUCCAUCCCAUUUAGGUCUUGUGGCUCUGGAAGAAGACAAACAACUCAAGCCCUUACUCAAGAGAUCAAACUCAUGGACUUUGUGA